GAUAGACAGAGCAGCGGGGCUGCGGGUUUGGGCGUCGCUCGACCAGCCGCAUUCUCCGGCAGGCGGCAAGGCGGCGGCGGUGAGCGGCGGUGCCUCGCUGCUCCGCUCCGGCACUCGAGCGAAGCGGCCCGGGAAGAGAACCCCCCCCAAACACCCCCCCCCCCCCCCCCCCCCCAGCGAGAGGGCGGCAGCACAGGGAGGGCUGCUGCGUCGUCUGCUCGGCUCCGUUCACAGGCGCAGCGAGGGCGAGAGAGGAAGAGAGAGGAAGAGAGAGAUAGAGGAGGGUGAGAGAGGAGCGGACGUAAGGACGGGAAGAGCGGAGGAGGAGGAGGAGAGUUGGAGGAGGAGAGCGCACGGCAGCCAGUGGCGAGUGCGCGCUGUCUGAGGAUUCAAGAGCUGUCCCCUUCGUUCGUCAGCGGGCACAUUUUCCUGCCUCAAGGGAGAAAGUCAUCGGUGCAGUGUUCACGCCACAGCGUGCGCGUGAAUAAAUAGCGGCAGACACACAGAUAAUAAAAAAGAGACAUCGCGAGGGAUUACCGCUCCACUGCCUGCAACACCAUGAGCGGGAACGGCCAACAGGGCCCGGACGCCCCACCCUCCUUCGCCACGUACGCACAGGAGGAUGACGAUUGCGACUCCUCUGAUGCCAAGCCAUCAUCACAGAAAACGACGGAUGCAGCAGCAGCAGGAGCAGCAAAGGAGUGCGCCGCUUCCAGCAGGCAGCCGGCACCUGUUGUCCUUGACGACUGGGAGCUUCCAAGCCCCUCCGAGUACGAAAGCCCACCGGCUAUUCCGCAGCAGGGACCGGGGGCCUCCAGGGAUGCUUCAGAGACCAAAGAGAAAGGCGGCGGCAGCUUCGGUGCGACUGAGCCAGCGGCGAGCCCAAGCGGCAGUGGGGCAGACGUGGCCUCACUUCGGUCGGACUCCAAGGCGGACUCCAGGCCACCAGCUGGGGGCUUCACAAACCAACUCUCAUUCUCCGAUGACAAACCGAGUCCCGUGACGCACAAAGAGAACAAAUUUGACGUUGACAAGCCAGAUGAAAACAAGGAAGCAUCUGAAAAGCCCGUGACAAAAACUCACUGUUUCCCUUGUGGAGAUGGCGACGAGGUCGCACACCUCGCUCACGACAACAUUCAGGGUCCAGAAUUUCGACGGGAUGAGCCUGUGCCAUGUGACACAGCCAGCACAGCAGCGCUGCCAAAUGAAUCUGACGAUGCUCAAUUAAGCAAACCCGCCGCGCCGAAUACUGAAUCGUCUGGCAGUGCAGCUGAAAACGGCAAACGGCCCCAAACCGGCAAAGAAAGCCCCGAGCCUCACGAGGAGCCUAUAGCGGGAUUUACAGAGCCUCAAGAAUCGGAUGAAGGUUCCUUUGCUGAGGCUCCACAUCAGGAGGGUUCAAGUGGGCUAUUAACCUUGAAGACGAAACAGGUCACAUUCAGCGAGGAAGUUUUGGUUGAAGAGAAGUUCGAUGAACCUGGAAAUGGCGAGAACGUUUUGAGCGUUGUGAACUUCAGUGCAAUGCCUGCAGACGCGGAUGAGACCUGCGCCUUCAGGUCGUACGAGGCCUCCAACAAGAAGGCAUCAAUGCUGCGAUCCUACACGCUGCCCAACACGUACACGUUCGACUACAGGGGGGAAGACGACAACGACAUUCCAGACGCGGCCUCACAGAGUAAGACCCUUAAAAGUGAAAACCAAAAACUGGAGCGGAAGCUUUCAGAGCAGUGCUUGGGACAGAAAUCCGACAGUGCUUGCAUGUUUACAGAGCAAGUGGUGGCUGCUGAUUUGUCAUCCAAACAGCCCGAGGUUUUGGAAAUGGAACGUAAUCUACAGGAGGCAGAUAAAGAAACAAAGCAACAAAACGAUGCCCUCAAUAUCCAAGCAGGCAACGUGGGUGUGGAUGAGUCAAGUUUCACCAGCGUUGUAAAUUUGCGAGCUAUUCCUGAAGGGAGAGAGGCGGCUGAUUUUCAGACCGAUAAACCUGCGCCCACAGAUGCGGGUUCUGCUCAAGACCAAAGCUUGGACAUUACAGCAACAUCGUUAAACCAUCACACUGAAAAGCCUACUCCGCAAAGAGAUAUAAUAUCCACAGAUUUUCUACCGAUUGAACAGAAAGCAUCCAAAAUAGUGUUACAGGGAAGCAGUUCUCAAAAGGUGAAAUCGAGUCAAGGAGGAGAGAGCCAGGGUGCCAUCAAAGGUGACAGCCUCGAAGAAGAAAUAAAAAUGCCCGAGGUGCAAACGGUGCAACCGUCCUUUCCAAAAGUGGAAUGUGAAGCCAAAUUUGGUGAUAAGAGGAGUAACGACGCACACGUGCUGCGGGCGGAUGGUGACAAAACCUCCAUAGAGAAAUUGAAAGAUGAAGAAAAAUCUAUUGAGGCACCGGAAUGCAAAGAUAUUAUGAAGGAUGACAAGAAUGGAAGCGCGAUUCCGCAGUUGAAAUGUGCAGACGCUUCGCGAGCAGAGAGCGAAAGCGACGCUUUGAGUGCCGGUCAUACGAAAGAGCCAACACAACAAGAUCACUUCGAAGAACCUCGGCCCGGAAAACUCGCCCCGGGUGACGCUGCGUCCACACCAGUGGAGCACGCAACAACCUGCUCCAGUUCGAAUGGGAAAAACGCGGUCGCUAUUGGACCGGACACCUCCAAAACCGCUGUAGCCAGCAUGUUGGGACCCCAAGCGCAGUCCACACCACUAUCGGCGCCGCCGCAGUCGGAGCUAGAUUUCUACGCCAUGAAAGCAAUCGACAGCGAGUCGGACGCCAGCUCCGAUGAUGAAUUGCAGUGCAAUGUCGUGGACCAGUUUGGAAAGCCGACGUCGGGGGACUUUCUCACAGCUGGGGGGGGCGGGGAAGAUGGUCAGAAGUCAGCCGGCCAUCACGGCCACUCGAGGCUCUCGCCGUUGGAAACAGCUAUCUUGUCUGAGUUUCAGGAGGACAAUAGCGACGAGGAACAGUACUUCCCAUCCGAAAAGGCGUCUGCGGCAAGCGCUCGGCAAGAGUUCCCUCCGGAGCACGCCAGGCAGGAGGAACGGAAGGAAAGUGACUUCAGCAGCUUUCGCUUUCACUGCAUCGACCCGCAGGAUGAAUCUGCGUACUACGAGUAUCCCCCCGACGCGAAGGGGCACGGACACGAUGUGGAGUAUAUGGAGCUGAACACGGCUGGUAAAGAGGCCCUCCUUGCUUAUUCCAAACAAUCGGCAGAAACGAAACUGCUGGACCAAGCAUCAGGAGGCACCCCAGAAAUAGAUAUCACGCAACACAUGCAUCCAGAAGAGGAGGAAGAGGAGGAAGAGGAGGAGGACGAAGAAGAAGAAGAGGGUCUGGUUCCAAGGUCUGACACAGAGGACACCUCCGCAGAAAUUAAGCGUGUUGAAGCAGAUCCGUACAAGCCGGAUUCUCUGUCGGUGGACAAAGACAAGGAUUUUAUUUUCAGUUCUCCUCUAAUGAAAUCCGACCUCCCCGUGCUGAGCGCGCGGGAGUCUGAAUACCACCCGGCCGGUGUUCUGUUCGAGAACGUGACCCCAACGCGGUCACUCUCCGGUGCAGACAAGCGUCUUGGAGGAAUAAAAUACUCGCUGAGCGUCGACGUCAGCAGCGUGCUGCGCCACAAUGACGGCAGCGACGAUGAGAGCGACAAGGGUCACCACCACCACGCUCGCGUGACGUACGAGAGAGAACUGCCGGACCUCAGAGAGCAGGACAAGAGCCCCGAUUCUGAGAUCGCGCCACUCAAAUUUGCCGAGGAGCAGCUGUGUCCAGCGCAUGUUCCGAGAAUAUCAACAACGCCGCCGCCCAACGACGAUGACGAAUACAAGCAAGACACCCUGGGCGAGGGAGCUGCGGCUCAAAAGGACGCAGCGUUCACUGAUUAUAUUCAUUCAGAAAGUUUAAGUCCUAAAAAGAGCAUACCACACGCUGAGUGCUUGCCUCCAGCAAGGGAGAAAGCUCAACCGGAUGAAUCGAUCAAAACAGACACAGCGGCAAACGCCGAGCAGAAGGAAGAUGCCAAGCACGCCACAACCACUGACGUUCAAUUAAAGCAAUCUGCCGACUCUGGCUCCGAAGGCGUCGCAGAGACACAACACCAGGCGGAAGACGGCAAAGGCCUCUCCGAGUCGCAGGUGGAAGUGUUUGUAAGCGAGGGUGCCGAGGGACAGCAGCGAGAUUCGAAACAACAAAUCAAAGACAAGGAGAUGGAGACAGCGGAGGAGCAGCUGGCGAGGGCAGAGCCACGGCACGGCGCUGAGAAGGAUGCCAAGCCCACGAAGCCACAUCCAACAGCGAGCGGCUUCAAAGAGCCAAUUGUGCACCAGGAGGCCAUCGACGAAUCGGGGGACACGGUGGACACCGAAGCCCCCCUGGAGAAUCUCCAGUCCGUGCCCGCCGAAGAUAAAGCUCACGUCCAGACGGAGACCCUGCCAGCGGAGACACAGCCAGCAGCUCCAGCAGGGGUCGAGGAGGCUCCGGCUUGGGGAAUGGAGGCGGUUGCCAGCCACGAGGUGCAAGUGAGGCGACCCACAGAGGAAGUGGAGAGCAUUCACCCCGAGAAGGUUCUUCAAGCAGAGGAACGGCACAUCGUCGAGGAGGAAGACGCAGCCCACGCUGCGGAACAACAAUCGGAGGGCGACAGAAAGCCACCCGUAGAGGCAGAGCAAACUGAUGACGUCGAGAAGCAGGCCGCAGCUGAAGACGCCCAUUUGGAGAGCCCCUUAGUCGCCAGUGAAAGCAAAGCGGCCGCAAUGAGCGACCGAGACAGUAGUACGUGCACGCCAGAUGUUGAGAGCACGGUAGACGUGGAUAGAAAGUUAGACACCGAGUGCGAACCUGAGGAAGCGGCGGAGGUAGAUGUUGAACACAAGCCUGACGAGACAAAUGUAAAAGUUGAAAGCAGGCCGCAAGAGAAGAGCCAGGCAGAUGCUGUGACAAAGACAGAUGCAAAGGACGCUCCAGUUAUUGAGAGCAGCUUAGAGGGCAGCGGGCCAGAUACGGAGAGCAAAGGAGAAGAGAAGAGCACUCCGGAUACUGAGAGCAAACUUGAAGGGUCGAGCGUUGCACACAUUGACAGUGAACUGGACCAGAAGAGCAUUCCAGAUGUUGAGAUCAAGCUUGAAGAGAAGAGCAUUCCAGAUGUUGAGAUCUUGCUUGAAGAGAAGAUCAUUCCAGAUGUUGAGACCUUGCUUGAAGAGAAGAGCAUUCCAGAUGUUGAGACCAGGUUAGAAGAGAAGUACAUUGCAGAUACUGGCAGCAUGCUUGAAGAGAAGAGCACUGCGGAUAUUGAGAACACGCCGGAAGGAAAUACAAUUCCCGAGGAUAAGCCAGAAGCGAAGGGUGAUCCGCAUAACGGGGGCAAAACAGAAGAUGACACUAAACCAGACGGUGAUGAAAAGCCAGAAGAACAGAGCCAGCCUGAGGCUGAGAGCAGAGCAGACAUUGAGAGCAGAACCGACGUGGAGGGGGAAGAAGAAGAAGAGAUGAGCGAAGUGAGUAAGGAAUGCGUGCCAGAGAGUGAGUUAAAGCUGGAAGAAGACAGCAGCAAGAUGGUGGAGGAGGAGCCGGAGGAGGAGGAGGGGGAGAGCCUCGCUGAUGUGGAGAUUCUCGUGGAGAGGAGAGACAGUGACCAGGUGGGGAAGCAAUCCCUUCCCAGCUCUCCAGAGAAGAAGUCUCCCAAGAAAGACUCAACGAAGCGCAGAAAAGUGGGUAAGAAGGGAGACCUGAGCAAGCGCGCCGAGCUUCGCUCCCCCGUGAGAGCCAGCCGAGCCACGGAGAGGCCCCAGCGAGCCUCCCCGCACGCCACCAGCAAGAAGCGACAGAAAGCUCCUCCAAAAGCGGACGCAGGAGGAGUGGAGUUGCCUGCAGCAGGACAGCAGACAUUCAGCCCGAGUGCCAAGGCCAAGGCGACAGAGGCCACCAGGACCGCAGCUCCCAAACCCAAGGCGCGCUCGGUGACAUCGUCCGUGUCCCCUGCCAAGACCACGACGACGACGGCGGCGACAACGGCGAGCAGGCCUACCAGGACUGGCAGGCCUGCCAGGCCCUCCGCCGCCGCCAAGACCGCAUCGCCGGGCGGCGGCGGCGACGGCACCAGGACCCAGACGGCGAGGGCCAGCGCGGCCUCCUCCUACUCCUCGCCACGGCCCUUCAGGGCGUCCAUCCCCACGUCCGUGAGCGCACCGCGGCUGUCCACGGUGGCGGCGAGCGCCCCGUCGCGUCCCACCAACGGCUCCCAGGGCAAGCCCGGAGGGGGUAAGAAGAGCGGCUGCACGACGCCCGGCACGGGCCCCCCGACGCCCCCCACUCCGCACGCCCAGCGCGGAGGCAGCACCACCCCCGGGGAGAGGAAGAAGGGGCCCCGCUCGCCACGCUCCCCCACGGGCCUCGUGGCCCCCUCCAACCUCAAGGCCCUGCGCUCCAAAGUGGGCUCCAGCGACAACCUCAAGAUGCCCGCCGGGGCGAGCAAGGUCUUCAGCAAGAAGCUUGACUUCAGUCACGUGCAGUCCAAGUGUGGCUCCAUGGCCAACAUCAAACAUGUGCCAGGAGGAGGGCGCGUGCAGAUCGUGACCAAGAAGAUCGAUCUGAGCCACGUGACGGCGAAGUGUGGCUCCAAGCACAACAUCCACCACAAGCCAGGAGGAGGGAACGUGACCAUUCCCAGCCACAGGGACAAGAGCAAGGGAGCCUCGCUGGAGAACGUCCUGGGCGAGGUGGGGAGCAAGACCGAUUCGCCGCCGAAGGACACGAGCCAGGCCCGGACGGAGAGCCGCUCACGCUCCCCCAGCGCGUCCGGAGGGCCCUCCCCGCUGCGCAUCAGCAAAGUGUGCUCCAUGGGCAGCCUCUCGCAACCGGACGGCCUCGCGCAGUCCGAGCCGCCGGCCAUCCAGCUCGCCGCAGCGCUGGCCCAGCAGGGCUUGUAAGGGGCCCAGCCCCUCGUGCCCCCCACCCACCCCCCCAUCCCCCCCCCCCCCCACGUAUCACGGGCCAGAUUUUCUGCGAUCGGCGUAAUGGUGAACAGAAACGUUACAAAGUGCAUUUUGCUGAUGAAAGCAUGUAGUCGCGUGGUACUCGUGUGGUGUGAUCGUAGGCCUUAAGUAACCUCGCAUUUCCUUUCUUUUGUGGCUUUUAAAGGAGUGCGAUGCGGCGCCGGUCCUGUCGCAGGUGUGAGGUGUACCCAGCCGCCGCUCAUAGCUGUGCAUUGACACAGCUUUGAUAUUUGCUGACACAGAGCGCACGUGUGCAAAAACGACGAGAGGCUGCCACACACCGCUUAAUGCACGCACAGCAUGCAUUCAACGUAGCGCCGCAAAUGUCACACGCCCCAUGAUGUAGACAUACCGCAUGAACUUAACACCGCAAUCUCGCUACAAACGCAGAGCUAUGCGGCGUCUGUUCACCAUUUUGUGAUCGUUCACAAUGGGGCUCCUCGUGCAGAAGAUCGGAUAUUAUAUGAGCAUGUAAUUCAUGAGGUCUAUAAGAUCGUGCAUAGCAUUGUGACCGACAAACGUUCUGACGGACUUUGUGGUCAGCAGAAAGCAUUUCCUAUGAAAUGCAACCAACGUGAUUACCAAUUUAGGCAAGUCGUAUUAUUCUUAUUAACGUAUUAUAUAAGUAUACCCCUCUGUAAAUGGCUCUAGAUUAAAGUGGCUUGCCCCAAUGUCUGCCACUACGCAGAGAAAAUAUGUUAGAACAUUCUCAUCCAUGACUUUUAACCCUUCCACCAGCAGACGGAUUUGCAUUUAUUUCAUCCAUUUGCAUCGUCCAAUGCUACGUUUCAGGGAGCGCGCUUGCACUAGGAAUGGAACAGGAUUAUGGCGACACAGCCAAUGUGCUUUGGCUCAGCAAUAGGCUGCCCUUGCUUAAGCAAUGGAUAUGUUUUUCUUUCACGUGACAUUACUUUUGCCCAAAAAAUAUGAAGCUAUAUUUAACAGUGACUUAAACAUAACAGACUCUCCUGGUUUUACUCAGCAAGUAACCACAGCAGGACGAUGUUAUAUGCUACUAAACAGUUGGUCUUUACCAGUUUGCAAAGCCAAGGUUGGUUUUCACUCGAGUGUAUGUGGCUUCACCUUUCUCAAUUUCCCUUUACGGGCGAAACCCAAAAGCUAUCCCACAUAGUGAAACUAAAGUUAUGCAUUUUGACCAUCUCUUGUUUUAAGCAGGCUGGAAAACCUUGUGUUGGUUCAGUCUAAUAACCAAUUAUCAGUGAUGCCAAACGCAAAAUGGAAUUGGUCACACUCGCACCAGCAGCUUUUCAAGUGAAAUUAUGUUUGGUUCUGUUUGGAGUUUUCCGCUGUUAGUGCGAAUGAAAGGACAUGCGAUUUGGAUUGUUCCACCUUGUGCUGAUGCUGGUGAUUCCACGUGGAGUGUGCGCAUUUGACCAAGUGACAAAGAGAGUGUGAAAGGAUUCAAACAAGCCAAGCUAAAGCUUUCUAAACAGUAGAUGGAGUUUGGGUGAUAAACACAAGACAUCGCUCAGCUCAAGCAUAAUGCCGUAGUGUCAACAACAGGACUGAAGGCUGACAAAAUACACAGCGGAACUCCAGUAAUCCGAACUCCAGUAAUCCGAACUCCAGUAAUCCGAACUCCAGUAAUCCGAACUCCAGUAAUCCGAACUCCAGUAAUCCGAACUCCAGUAAUCCGGAAUAUGGGGGAGGGGUCAUAUCGCGGAUCCUGUAAGCCGUGGCAUACCGCAGGGGUAGGUUUUGUUAUCCACGGAAACAAGUCGUGCCAGUUCGACGUGCCACAGGUUAUGGGAGCAAUUGGCAACACGAUUCAAUCAAUCUGCAGACCAUUAGGCCCUCUGAUAAACUGUAAUGCGUUUCAGAUUCCACGUCUUUUUUGUGGCUGCAAUGAGCUAAACAUGAACACAAACAAAAAUACAAUAAGUAAUAUUAAUAGAUGUAAAACUAGUUUUUACAUUAAAAUAUCUGUAUGUGUAUCGAUGAAAUCUCUAUGAAAAGUCUAAAAUGUAGACACUUUAUUUUGUUGCCACGAAAAUACCCAAUGCUGAAACAUCAAGAAAUAAGUAUAGAAUAUGUAAUGGCUUCUUGCAGUUGUGGAGAAGUUUUUGAACAUACUAUUGAUUACACGAUGCACGAUGCGAUGCCAAUGUCACCCUAAACGCCGUGCUCAUUAUCUUAAUUGCCUGAGGAAGCCGCAAAGGCUUGCUGUUGCACUGCUGCGGCAUUUUGGCGUCUGUACUCGUGUGGAACCGUAAGGCUCACUGCUGUUGGGUGUGCCGUGCUUUUUAAAUGUAGCGAGUCCACAAUCUGUCCAUGAAGCGUGCCGAACACUUUGGCUGAAAUAAGCGUGGGUAAAUCAUCUCCAAGUGACCACUGGUCUAUAAAGUAGCAUGGCCAAUAAAGUUCACCAUAACCAAUUACACGGUAAACAGUCCAACGUUUGCGCCAAACGUUGCGCCAACGUUGGCUUGUGGUUAGAACCAUUUGAUCAACGUUUGGCCGACGGUUCCACGUCUACUGGGCAUGCCCUCUACCCAAGUGGACUCAACGCUGUACUGUUUAAGUGACCAAAACUGGCAGUUGGUAAAUUUCAUAGAAUGUUACAGACUCCUAAUCGGCACCCUGGCGUGAAAGCGCGUCACCCAACACUCUGGCGGUGUCACCGCACUCGGCAGCAGCAGCAGCAUCUACGGCCUCCUUGGAUUGGUUAAAGAAGAACAAAAGUCGCAUUCGACUACAUAACACGUUUCAAUACCAUUUCUCCCCUCCCCCCUCGCCAUGCCCAAGAAGAUGCACAAACGUUUGAGGAAACUCCGCACGCUCGAUCGCUGCACAUGACUGGAAUGUGAAAUCGCAACAAAUUUGCUGUACGCCAGCAGCCUGUGCCAAUUAAGCAUCGCCGAUGAGCACGGUUUGCUGCGUACGGUGUGAAAGAAGUCCAACACACACACACGUCCACCAUGCCGUUAUAUAGAGGACCUGUCCAGUCAGUCAACUACUUCAUUGUAAAAGUGGAACAUUCACAUAUUUUUGGGAGUUUAUCAGGCUUUAAAUCAAGUAAAGCAAGCACCAGACUUUUUCAGGGUUUAUGGAAUUGAGUUGUCCAUGUGAUAUAUAUUUAUAUAUACAAACACAUAUAAAUAUAACACCUGCAUGUGAUUGGCUGCAUGCCACCUCUAUUCAGGCCGAUGGAAUUCUCUUCUGUGACUGACAAAAUUUUGAUUCAUUCCACGCGUUCAACCCCUGUUCCACGACACCUAUCUUAAGACAAGUCAAUCCGUCAUGCAGAUUAGCGCUAACACUUUCUUUUAAAUGGAAAAAUAGCAAAGUGUCAGCUACUAUUGAAAUUGAUUGAAUUAUUUAUUUAAAAACCCGGUGUCUGGAAAUAACUUUGAAUUUGCUAUGCAAAUGCAUGAUUGGUUUCCAGUACUGUAAUUAUGUCCUUAUCCAAGUAGCUUCUAAAAUAGUAACUGACUAACCUGAUCACAAAUAUAAUUUCUGGUUACUAUGUAAUUGCUUAAUGUCUGCGAUUUAUUUUUCUAAAUCCCUUAUCCCUACAAAAUUGUCUUGGUACCAUUUCACUUUAGUUAGUGAGUAUUUCAACACAAGCACGAUUGUUUUUUUAUCGCAAACAGAAACGUCUCGUGCGCGACAAUUAUGCGGCGCGCUCAGAAACGUUACCCAUAAACACUUUUUUUGAGCACACUGCCAAAGCAAGAGACAAAUCCCAUCAGCAUUCGUUUUUAUCUCUUUACGGAAAUUGUAACAUUUGCAUUGCAGCAAAAAAGCUGGUAAAGGUCUGAGUGGGUUUAUCCUAGAUUUGAAGUUUUCGUGACUCCAAGGACCCAUACUCUUUCGUUCUUUCGGUAAAGUCACGUAGGUGAGUGUUUGCCGACGACUUACUGCGAGGCGUUUGCGAGGAAAUGGGCACGACACAACGUGCCACAGCCGCAAGUCUUCUUGAGCCCAUCAAGACGUGAGUGGUUUGCCAUUGGCUGACUCGGCUCACCGAGGGGUGUCUUUAAGUUACCAGGAACAUUCGUUGUGAACAUAAAUGAUGACUCCACCUGACAGGAGCAUAAGCUAUUGGUUUUCCUGGUGCCACGUGAUGACUUUGUUGGAUGCUGCAGUUGAUGAACGAUCGAGUGUACGCACUGCCAAGGCCUGUUUCCAGACUAUUCUAAGGCACCGAUAUGUUAUGGCGAUUUAAUUUAUACUUAUAUUUGCGUUAAGUUUCUUAGGCACGUACAGCAUUCAAGGUGAAGAGGGCUGAAAUGAUCCAGUCCAGGUUGCAACCCACGAACUGGUGUGAUCAGUGCAGGUUCAUGUAGAUUAUAGUUUUUUAAUGCGAGAUACAAACACAAUAACACUGUGAGAUAUGAAAACGGGAGACCAGAUCAAAUCAAUUCUCUCACCUAGUUUGCUUAUUAUGCUUAAGGUUGUUUGUAAACGGAUACUACUACACGAUGUAAUACAUGUUAAUUUAACUUUAAAUGAAGUGUUGCUCAGCUAGCUGUGGUGAGCACACAUAUUUCUGCCUGUUUAGCUCGUCAAGGAAUGUUCUGCUGUUGUUACCCAGCUCAACAAUGCACCUGGACCACUGCGUGUUUUGUUAAUACCCUAGACUAUUGUAAGAUUUCUCUACGUUACUUGUAGUAGACGAACGGAAUUACGAUAUUAUAUAUUGUGUUAUGAUCAUUGUAUUCUUUAGCCGCUUAACAAAAAAAACGAAAACAAAAAAAACAGCCUUUAACAUUCUAUUAAUUUAGAAGCGUACUAAAACUACUUCUAUAUACUCCGAUAUGGUUAGACCAAUUAGAUAUUGAAUGAAUUUGCAUGUCUGUUUUGAGAUUUAAGUUUAAUGCUUACUAAACUUAGCACUUUAAUGGAUAUGCCUGGACGAGUCUAGCAACAAGGGACAUACAGAGACAAUAAAAUGUGUGGAGACAGCCGUGAGCACAACUGGAGUUGUGAAUCACGCACACAGCACUCGGCUUGGCUUAUGAUGUGCAGUCACGUACAGCUUUGGAUAGGCCAAGUGUCUUGUUAUUAAGGUCUGUUUGUUGCGAGUUUACUGAGUGGAACAUUUAUUGAAACAAAAAAAGAAAGAGAUAAAAAACAGGGUAAAGAACAUUCUGCAAAUGUCUCCGAAUGGCUGUGCCAAAUUUUAGGUUAUCAGCAGAGGAUGAAGGUGCAGUCUGUACUUUUCAGGGCAAAAAUGCAAAAAGUUAAAGUACGUGCAGCAGCAGCAGGUCUGGCCCAAGCGCUGGGUGCUCGCUUCACGCGAGGCGCAGGGAGGAGGACACUAGCUACGGAUACGAUUUGACCUCCAGCGUGAGUUGUGGUAUUUGUCCGUUUGAAUUUGGUCGACGUGACACUAACCAGAUAAGAUGAUAUCAGUUAAACUGGUUUGGGGGAAAAAUACAGUGAAUAAGAAUAUGACGAUAUUCUUAGACGUCAAUUGGCUGACUACAAUGUAUAAAGGAUCCAGUGACGAUGCCUCUCGUGUUCUCCUGAUAGAGUGCAUGGCGUAAGGAUCGAACAGUGAUGACGGAUGCUUGUUAUGAAGUGCGAUGUGUCAGGGUCCAGCAGCAGGUCUGCUGGGGUAAUUGGGUGGUGGGCGGCGAUUUUUCUGUUACAAGAAGAUAACACAAAAUGACACUGGUCGUUCUAUGAGCAUGCGUGUGUCACAAGGUGGAAUCACAGAACCAUUUAUCAAGGCCUUUUAUUUUGGAACAAAAACUCUCCCCCCACCACCACCACCACCACAAAACAGACCCCAGGUGCGGGAACAUUUAAUUGACUUAUUUCCAAGUCGUGAACAGAUUGUCAACUGGGUUGAAGUAGAUUGUUCGGAUAUGGAUGGAAAUUGGUUUACGAUAACGGAGGAAGUCCGGUGGAGCAACGAUGUUAAUAAGAAUGCCGUGUGAGUUUCUGCACAACAAGCAAGCUUACAUCAUCUCCAUUGCGUUCCUGCGGUACUCGGGCUCGUUGAUAAUUGUUGUUGCACCGUGAGAAUUAUUGCACCACACAGUGCUGAGUGUAUUCCCAGUUACAAGCAACGUCACAUUCUUCAACCGUGCAGGAGUGCAUCCAAGUGUAACAGGCUGCAGUGCACACGACCUCAGAUGCAGCUGCAAUGGCGUGAUUUACCAUUUUCAGUGACCCCAAUGGUCGCGUAAAGGUGCACAACCAAUGCUGUUCCGCUCUUUAUCUCCGCUGGUAUUCUCGCGGGGACGCUGCAUUAUUCAGAGUAACAAUUCGGGUCAACCAAUUUCACCAUUUUUCAUCGGUCGCACAGGACAUGCCUAAUGGCGCUGUUCUAUUUAGAGCACGAUCACUCGCAGUUUGAAAUGAGGCAUCUUUGACACAAUGUUGUUGUGCCCGUUUCACAUUAGACUGGCCAUGGCAUUGGCAAUUUUGCGUCCACAUCGCCGCCGCGGAUUGGGAACAGAUCGAGAAGAGCGUAUCAUUCUUUUUGAGAGGUUUAUUUACCUCAGAUCUCAACCCGAUUUUCUAAUGCAGGAAUUUCAUUGGUAUCAUUAUUCAGCUGCCGUUGCACAUUUAUUACACGUCCCUUAGUCUGCUGCAUUGCUAAUUGUAGUAAACUUAUAGUAAAAUAUACUGAUGUUUUCCAUUUUAAACCUCUACGAAAAAUGAAUGAGGUCCACCAUAAACUUCUACUUUGCUUUUUGUUGAUUUAUUUUUGCUUAUUUCCCCCCCCCCCCCCCCCCUGCACUAUUGGGUAAAAAAAAGAAUUCCCCAGUAGAUUGUGUCUUCACUGAGAAUCAAGUUGCCCUGCUGCAGAGUGUAAACAUAACUCUGACGGAGGAUGCAUUUUUAUUGCAGACCAGGCACCAACAGACACAGCCCCCUGGGAGAAAACUCGUGAAUUCAAGAUUGCAAUCUGGUUACAUAACUGUGAGUGGCCAUUCACAUAUCUGGCCCAGAGUUUCAAAUGGAUAUAUUGAAAACCCAGCUUUAUUGGCUGUAAUAACAAAAGAACUGCAGCAUAACAGAGGUACAGAACGUGUUUGCACACAGAAACAUCAUAUUGAUUUUAACGAUUCUAGAGAUGAUGCUUGUUCUGUUAACCCGUGCUGUCAUAGCUACACUCGUUUUAAAAACCAAUUCUUUCCACCAACACUUUGGAUGGAAUGCUGAAUCUUCACAAUGAAGUCUUAACAUUAUUUGCAGCUUGUAUCACAGGUUAUAAAUGGCGAGGAGAACGUAGGGCCAUCGCCUCGGGUGGAGGCUUUUCCCUUUCAUUCCAUUCACGUCUCAUGCAAGCUGCCUUGCGGCGUCGCCUUCGUAGAAGCAACGUGGACAUUGCCGGGGCACAAUCACAAGGACUGCCGUGGGCAUCCCCACUGGUCGAUGGAGGGAAAGGAAUUGAUCCAGCUACGGUGUCAGGAUUUACGUUCCUUUGCUCUUCGUUUCUCACUUGAUCCUGUGGGCCAACACGUGGCUCCACAAGCAACCCUUCACAGCUCCCCAAUGCAGCCAUACGCGUCACUCAGCCCAUGCAGGCGAUUUUAGGAAAUGCAUCGCUGUGAGGAAAAUCUGCUAAUUUAGACUCAAUCACUUAAUCUUUUCCAACCGAAACGAUGCUCAUCGGAACAUAUAGCAACAGACAAUGUUACCUUGCUUGUUGUGCAUCUGCAGCAUUACUGUGACACCGGAUAAAGGUCAACACACGUGAAAUGUAUGCCUUUGAUUGGAUUGCAGAGAGCUCACGCAACUUUGUUUGAAUAUUUGUCUGCCAGUAUGAGUGUAAUUCACUGGCGUCACUGGUUUGGUUGAAUGUUUUGUUUGAUAAUGGCAGAGUGCAUUGUUUCACAAAACUGCCAUAUGUUGUACUUAUUUCAAACGUGAUCAUAAAAACGAUUGCAUACUGUGAUUAAUUGGUUGAUGCUUUCUCUUGUGGGAAGUUAAACGCCACAUUUCACGUGUUCUGUUUUUUUAACACAUGGCAUCGCAGUCGACUUGUGAGUCAGUUCAACAUUCGUGGGCAGCCUCGAUGGGAGUUCUCGAAGACGAGCCCACGUGCUCUCUCGUCUGGUCGGCAGUGUAACAGAUCUCGGGGGAGACCGGCGACAAAGCAGAUGGACGAUGUGGUUGCUGUGCUUUGCAUUUGGGUUGUGGUUGUGCUGGCUCUUGCGCAACGUGAUUCGACGUUUUGUUUCUGUCGUAUGUGGUAGUUGGCUCCGUGAUUUCCAGUAACGUGUUUGCCGUUUCAGUUUUCGUGUAUCUACUGUAGCUGCUCAACUUAGCCCAAGCAUCAAAUAAACAGGUUAUUCUUAUCUGUA